AUAAGAACGACGUCAUUUUGAACUUUCUGCUAACUACGAAGUGCGAAGAAGCCGGGGUUACGAGAUUAUCACUUUAUCGGUUAAAAAGUAGUAGUACUGCUUAGACGUCAUUUUGAUGAACACAUUUCCGACUACCCGACGGCGCAUCGUCUCCGUCUUCCUCCUUUCUCAGUUCCUCCUGUAGCAACAAAUUCUGAGUUUCGCUUGACAGCCAUUAAAGGCCUAACGUUAACAACCAAUUCUACACAUCAAAACCAUCCCAACUUCCCUCUGCUAAUCUUCAAACAUUACAGCUAGAAUUGUAUUCAUUUAUUUGAAUUAAAAAUUUUCUCCUUGGCAUGGGCUGCUCUUCAUCCCUCCCGGAUAGGGCUUCUGGGCGGUUGGCUGGACUUAAUUCGGAGGGUGCUGGAGUGUCUGAUGCUAAAAAUUUGCGUGUCAAGCUGGUGCUAUUAGGGGAUUCUGGUGUUGGGAAAAGCUGUAUUGUUCUUCGCUUUGUUCGUGGUCAGUUUGAUCCAACAUCUAAGGUAACUGUUGGAGCUUCAUUCUUGUCCCAGACAAUAGCCUUGCAAGAUUCUACCACAGUUAAGUUUGAAAUAUGGGACACUGCUGGCCAAGAGAGGUAUGCUGCAUUGGCACCGCUUUACUACCGAGGUGCGGCAGUUGCAGUUGUUGUGUAUGAUAUAACAAGCCCAGAUUCAUUUGCAAAGGCGCAGUAUUGGGUCAAGGAGCUACAAAAGCAUGGGAGUCCUGAUAUAGUCCUGGCUUUAGUUGGUAACAAAGCCGACCUUCAAGAUAAGCGAGAAGUAACAGUUCAAGACGGGAUCGACUAUGCUGAGAAGAAUGGAAUGUUCUUUAUUGAGACUUCUGCAAAGACAGCAGAUAAUAUAAACCAGCUGUUUGAGGAAAUCGCUAAACGACUGCCCCGCCCAUCCUCUUCAUGAUUUCUAAAUGUUGAACCUGAAUUAAGUAAAUAGCUGCCGAGCUAUGGAAGCUUUGUACCUCCUUGUAAUACUAAGUUUGUGUACAUUAUGGUGCAUACAAUGUGUUUCACAGUUUGAUUUGAUAACUUUGGUUACAACUGCAAGAUCAUGAAUCACACAUAACCCAUACCGCCAGUACCAUCAGAUCAAGAGAUUCCCAAUGUGAUGGGAGACCACCUUAUGUACCUCAAAAGUAAAGCGUAUAUUGGCAUUUAUUUAGUGUAUGCUUCUUCUCAUGGAAUGAAAUAAUUCACCAUAUUGCACA